AGCUUUUAACAUUUGAAAAAGCAGAAAAAUGGCAUCAGAAGAUAUCACUAAGCUUGCGGAGUCACUUGCCAAAACCAAAGUGGGUGGUGGGCAGUUGAGCUUCAAAGGCCAGAGCCUUAAGCUCAAUACAGCUGAAGAUGCUGAAGAAGUGAUCAAGCAAAUUGAGGAAUUUGAUGGGCUGGAAGCAUUGCGCCUGGAAGGCAACACGGUGGGUGUGGAGGCAGCAAAGGUCAUCGCCAAAGCCUUGGAGAAGAAAUCAGAGCUCAAGAGGUGUCAUUGGAGUGACAUGUUCACGGGGAGACUAAGGUCUGAGAUCCCUCCUGCAUUGAUCUCUUUGGGGGAUGCGCUCAUCACUGCUGGAGCCCAGCUGGUGGAGCUAGACCUAAGUGACAAUGCCUUUGGGCCAGAUGGCGUGCGUGGCUUUGAGGCACUGUUGAAGAGCCCUGCAUGCUACACCCUACAGGAACUCAAGCUCAAUAACUGUGGCAUGGGCAUUGGUGGUGGCAAGAUAUUGGCAGCUGCUCUGAAAGAGGGUCACAGGAAAUCGAGUGCCCAGGGCAAGCCUCUUGCUUUGAAAAUAUUUGUGGCUGGCAGAAAUCGUCUGGAGAAUGAUGGUGCCACUGCCCUGGCUGAAGCCUUUGGGAUCAUUGGGACUCUAGAAGAGGUCCAUAUGCCACAGAAUGGCAUUAACCAUCCUGGCAUCACGGCACUAGCUCAGGCCUUUGCUAUCAACCCACUGCUUAAGGUUAUAAACUUGAAUGACAACACCUUCACAGAGAAAGGAGCUGUGGCCAUGGCAGAGACUCUGAAGGCACUUCGGCAGAUUGAAGUGAUCAACUUUGGAGACUGCCUGGUGCGUUCAAAAGGUGCUGUUGCUAUUGCUGAUGCUGUUAAAGAAGGGCUUCAUAAAUUAAAGGAACUGAAUUUAUCCUUCUGUGAGAUCAAACGAGAUGCUGCUCUGACUGUUGCUGAAGCUAUUGAAGAUAAGACAGAGUUGGAGAAGUUGGAUCUCAAUGGUAACUGUCUGGGAGAAGAGGGAUGUGAGCAACUCCAGGAGAUCCUUGAAGGCUUCAGUAUGGCAACUGUGCUGGGAUCUUUGAGUGAUGAUGAAGGGGAGGAGGAGGAGGAUGAUGAAGAGGAGGAGGAGGAGGAUGAAGAGGAGGAGGAAGAAGAGGAGGAAGAACAGCAACAGCUGAAGGAGAGAGGGCAGGGAGAACAGGAGUCACUGACUCCCACGAAGAUAAUUGAUUCACAGGAUUCAACUCCAGUGCCGUCUCCUCCUGUGGAUGUUGCCACAUUCCUUGCUUUCCCAUCACCAGAGAAGCUGCUGCGACUAGGACCAAAGUGCUCUCUGCUGAUAGCUCAGCAGACAGAUACAUCUGAUGUAGAGAAAGUAGUUACAACUCUCCUAAGGAUAUCCUCGGUCUUCAAAGAUGAAGCCCCAGUGAAAACAGCAGUGCAUGAAACAACAGAUGCCUUGAUGAGAAAAGCCUUCACUUCUGCCACAUUUAAUUCAGAUGCCUUCAUCACAAGCCUCUUGAUCCACAUGGGACUACUUAAGAGUGAAGAGAAGAUCAAAGCUGUUCCAAGCCUCUAUGGUAUUCUUAUGACCUUGAACCAUAUGGUCCAGCAGGAUUAUUUCCCUAAAUCCCUGGCCCCAGUUCUUUCAGCUUUUGUCACAAAACCUAACCGUGCUCUUGACUCCUGUUCAUUUGCUCGCCACAUGCUCUUACAAACCCUCCACCAGCUGUAAGAGACUAGAGACAUGGUGCUGUGCCCUUCCCUCCUCAUAGGACUGUUGUCAGCUGAGAACUCAGAGCUGCGUGGUGGCAGAGGAUCCCAGAGCCCAUACAGACAUGCUGUCCUUUUUUUUUUUUUUUAUUUUCUUCCCUCCUCCCCAGUAGGAGGUUUGUCCUUCCUUCUGCUUUCAUAAACUUGGACAAAUCC